AGGCAUUUCCAAAUUCUUUCAAAAUGAAUAAUCCUCAUGAAAGCAAUGAGGGGGAGAUUGAUGGAAAUGUUCCUGCAUUCCCAAGAGAUGAUUUUGAUGAUGAUUCAAGCCAACUACAAUCAAAUAGUGAAUGGGGAGUCACUCUUGUAUUAAGAGUUGACUGGGAACUGGAUGUAGGGUUGGCUAUACCCGAACCA